GACGAUUCGCGUGUCUUCGCCGCUCUUCGACGGACGUCUGUUUAGUUGACGUCCGAAAACGAAUCCCACAUUCGAAAAGUUUUAAACUUUUCCAGUGCGGAUUCUCGAGCGCUUUGUAACUCAUUAAAAAAAAAAAAACGUGAAUUCUGUGAACCAAAAGUGCACGUUUGUUGAUUGUUGUGUUAUUGUGAAGUGCUUGAGAGUUAUACUAUCGUUUAGUAACUACGCUUGGACGUUACUGUUUUGUUUGCGAAAAACGCGUUAAAGCAGUCGCGAUCUUCGUUAGGUCCGUUUAUGGCGUAAGUUGAAUCUUGGGGCUGGCGUCGGUCGGUGAAAGUAGACCUUUGUUAAGUUCAUAAGGACACAGGCGCUUGCAACUGGUUCGGAGCGACGUGUUUCGCUUGCACUCGGAGAGAAGGUACAAGAAGUUCGGAAACACAUCACCCAAAUACGUCAGGACAUAUCUUAAGAUAUUAAAGGUCGUUCGAGGUCACACGUUGCCAUGGCGACAGCAACUAAAACAAACCCCUGAAACCGACAAGAGUGAAGGCGGAUGUCGGGCGGCGGCGGCGCGGGUCUUAUGUCGUGUGUGCGCGAGGGCUCGCUGGAGCCGCCAUACCGACCGCCGCAUGCAGACACACACAACCAUGGCGAGGGCCGCACGGGCCGGUUCUUACGUGGGCUCCGGCGCAUGUUCAAGAGACGAGGCAGCGGCACCCGAGCUGACGCGUCUCCAGACCCGAAGAGCAGUUCCACCAGUGAACUGCUGGACGCGGAACGACACGCCAGGAGAAAAGAGGGCGCCUAUGGGAGCGGACUCUCAGUGUCUCACGACUCGGUGUUCACCGGGGAGCGAUCCGGGGACGAGUCCAGCGAGGAACGUCCUCCUCCAGCACAUGGCCUGGCGCAUAUAGCCAGUUCGCACCGGGCGGAGCUAGUGGCGGCAGUAAGGCGACGAGGACGCGGUGAUGGCAGUGAUGAUGAAGAGGACCUCGGCCUACCCCAGAGCCCACCAGCCUCACCCCCGACUGAUAAAGUUGAUAAGCGACAUCUGGCGGGCAUAUCGCAGUCAUCCUGCAGCGAUGGUUCCUUGCUCAGCGUGGGCUCGUCCGAGAUGGACGAGGACAGCAGCAGCGGACAUCACCAUUCGCACGAGCACUCCAGGAGCGACCACUUCGAUUUUUACAACACAUCGGAGCCUCCGACCGGCGUGGCGCCACUGUCGCACUCCGCCGCGCGUCACAAGAUGGCCGUCCGACCGCGACGCACCCACGGCCCGCCCAGACGCAACAAAAACAAUGCCAUUGCCGCAUCAGCCUUGCCGAUAACGCCCGAAUUGAACGAAGAAAUGAUACGAAGCGUUACUCCCGAAGUCGCCAUCAAAACAUCCGAAAUUAUCACUGAAUCAUUCUCUUCAUCGUCAACGAAACAUCAUAAGAUCGUAAAAGAGCAGCACCAUCAAGUCAAUCGUGAACUACAAAGAGUAUUAGAGACUCCAACUGAUACCAAGUUGAAAUCAUCCUCCCUCCCUCCUGGUCUAGCACUCAGUCAGCUCGGCCAGUCCCCCGCCAAGUUGAGCAUCGCGGAGUCCAACACCCCGAGGUCCUCCAUAAAACGCAGUCAGUCCAGUUCCCAAGGCACGAACCUAAGAGAAAAUUCCCCUAAAAAAGAAAUACACAGCUACCGCUCCGAAGACAGAAUGCUUCAGUACAGAUCGGACAACAAAUACGCCGAAGAGUCUUGCCACGAGAAGAAGUCUAAAUCUGAGAAAAAGACAGAGAAUGAAAACAUUAAGUCCUCGAAGAAAGAGGAAUCGUUCUUUAGCAGAUUACUGCUGCGGAAGAGCGGAAAGAAAUCAAAAAAAGACCAAAUAGACGGAGAGAGUCAACUCGAAGUGAAAAAGUCGAAAACAGAGAGAGAACCCGCAAAAUAUAAAAGUGUAGAUUCUGAGAGAUUACCUGAAGCAGCGGGGCAUAAGCCCGUCCCGCCCGAGCGCUCUCAGAAGUCUAUAUCUGCAGGACAAAGAGUGUUUGCAAACCAGAUGCACAAACGUCUAGACACAAAGGGCUCUUACGUCCAAGAUAGCGCCUACAAGGACGUGUACAGCGCCGCCAAGGUCCCGGGACUCGACUACAACAUUACAGAUCUCAAAAUAGCCGAAGAAACAGACCGAAUGCUGAACAUGGAGAUCAAGAACCGGUUCAGCAGACGCGAAGAGUUAAUUGAAAGACCCGAACGUUGCAAGCGGAUUCCCUCCAAGGAAACCUUCGAUGAUAAAAAAGAUUCAUUCAAUUUACAGCACGACACAUCUAAAAGACCAGUAUCAGUUCAAAAACUAGUCGAACCUGUCACGUCUAAAGCAUUUAUUAGCAACGAGACGGCGAGUCGCGUUGAAGAAGAGAUGAUGUCUCCUACUCUAGUCAUCUCGGACGAGGAACCUCCGAUCAGAGCGACGCGCAUCAAGAACACUCCAUCAGACUACAUGUUCAGCAGUAGCAUGCCGAAGAAUUUGCCUUAUUUUAAUACAAACGUGAUGUCUUCUUCGCCCCCGAAGAGCAGACAACAGAGUUCGGAAGCGAUAAAGCAAAGAUCAUCGGAACAUGUUUCUGAAGUCGUCGAGAACAUUAUCAAGUGCAAACGUGAGUCUGUGCGCCACGCCGCCAGGACCGAGGAGUCCUACGUGUCCUCGGGCAUCAGGUCUCUCGGCGAUGAAUACGUCGAAACCAGAAGCAGCAUCGGGAAGUCGCACAGCUUCCGCUACGCUUCCGAGUGCUCCUCGAUCAGCUCCCAAGAGAAUCAAUUGCCGAGUCUGCCGGCCGUCGUCGGCAUAUCCGAGCCGUUCCUUGAGAGCUGGGAGGUUAAUUACAGGAGAAACGUCACCGAGAGAAACGACGUCGCCAAAAGAGGCUCGACCAGAAACUACGGCUUGCUCCAAGAUACCGCUGAUGCCAACUACGACAGUCUGCCGAGCACCGACAGCAGCUACUUGGACAGCCUCAAAACCGACGCCAAUGAAGACAAACAAUUAUUCACAAACAGCAUCCACAUCACCAUGGACCACAAGAGAGACAGUGACAUAUCUCAAAUCGAAGCUAAAAUUGACGACAUCAUCAGUUCUCCUAAACCAAUUCUAUCGCCGAUACUCAAAUCCAGCUCCUUAGACAGCAUUAAGAGCAGCUCCGAGAGACCAGUAGAAGAUAGACGUAAGACCAUUUCGGUCGAAAGCGCUCUGAGUCAAGGGAGUAAACCUCAAAAGGAAGUUAAAUUGGAACCGGAAACGUUCAUAUCGGUCACCCACAUUAACAAAGAGCAAUCUCCAGUCAAAAAUGCAGACAUAACAAAGGCUAUCAAGACAGAUGAGAGGACUUCAAAAGAAAUCAAGCCUGGUGUGCCAGAAUUCUUCAACAUACAGUUAAACAAAGUCGAUGUUGUUAAGCAGAGUACUAACGUCGUUUUGACCGCGAACGUUACGCCGAAAAAGCCGGACAGCCCCCAAAUGGAGAAAGACCAAGACUGCUUCCCAGCAGUAGAACCUAAAUCGAACAUUCCGUUAAGAAAAGACUCGUUCGUAGCGAAGGCAGUCGAGAGCAUCAUUGAGAACUCUCACAUCGAUGUUAAACUAUCGCCUGCCUUGUCGAGAAAAUCUAUCGAAAAACAUUCUCCGGCGCCGCAGAGCCCCUCCACUCCUAAAGCUUUCUUCAAAAGAAAAGCGGGGAGCGUCGAACUCCAAGACAAGCCAGAGAAACCCAGAACCAACUCUCUCAGCACCGAAGGAAGCACGGAAAAGAUCUACGAUAAUAUAUCCGUAGAUCAAAAGUCACAUUCCAGUUAUGGCAGCAAAAGCUCCAUACAAAGCACAGAUAGUCUGGAGAGUAAAGUCGAUAGACCCGACGACGGAGUCGUUUACCGAAAGAAGCCGGUGCCGUCCAAAGACAUCAGAGGCGACAGGAAAGACGACGAGCCCGAACUAAUGAAGGUGUUCGCUCGCAGAUCCUUGAAGAUCAAAGACACGGAGGCCGACAGCAUCGCCCAGGACAUCGCCAAGUGCAAAGAAGAAAACGACAACGCCACUAAAACCAAAACGCUGAAGAACGAAUUUAACGCUUCGAUAAAAUCCCGGGACAGCGACAAAGAGAACGAGGAGGCAGUCAAGGACGACAAGAGGGCGGGCGGCAUCGCGGCCAGGGUCAGCCAGUUCGGCGCCCACUACCAGCGCAGCGUCAGCAUCGCCAGCGUCGCCAAGCGGGACAGCGCGCCCGUCUGCAGGAACGAACUCAACCGCUACAAGAAGGAAGUGUCCGACUCCACGCCGGAGAAGCGCCUGCGGAACCGCACCUUCCCGGACUCCGCCAACGACAGGGAGGACAUCAAGAGCAUCACCAAGAGUGACGUCAUCGCGUACAAGGCCGACACCCUCACGAAGAGGCCGUGGCAAAGGAACGAGGACAAAUACAGAUUGUCGGCCGAGAGGGAGAGGCGAGAGAGUGCUGUGAUAGAGAAGGACGGGGAUGUAGCGAGGGACGAGAGUGCGAAAGGGAGGGACGGUGCUGAGAGCGAAGCUGAUGCGUCUCCACAGUUCAAGGGGAUCCUGCAGAUGCGAGCCGAGUGGGAGCGGAGAGCCAAACAGGGCAUGACCAAAUAACUGGUGCUAGGUACAAAGGUUUCCAAACGGCAUUUCAUCUUUACAAAUGUCCCGGGAAUCCUUACCGUACCACGCUGCGUACUGCAUUAAUUAGUUGUUUACAAUUAUAAAUACUUAGUAUAUAGACGUGCUAAAUAGCUUAGUGUUAUUAAAUACAUAUUAUAUUAUAUUAUAUUAACAUAAUAAAAAUUUAUCUAAUGUUGAACUCUGGGACAUGUAUUCUCGUGUGUUAUAAUUAUUAUUAAUGCGUAGCGCAUAGUUAUAUUUUAUUAAAUGAAAUCAAUGAAAAGAAACCAACGUAAUUGAAUGUGUAAUAAAUAAUACGAUUGUGUAUUGAAUUUAUUUGGAAAAAUGAAAUAAACAAAUCUAUUCCAA